AUGGCUGCCGCUUUGAUUGGACAGGCUUUUAUCUCCGCUUCCAUCCAGGUGCUGUGUGAGCGCAUUGCUUCAACCGACUUCGGUGACUUGUUCCGGCAGAAGAAGCUGGAUGAACCACUCCUCAUGAAACUGAAGAUGACGCUGCUCACCCUUUGUGCAGUCCUCAAUGAUGCGGAAGAGAAGCAAAUUUCAAACCCUGCUGUGAGAGAAUGGCUUGACGAGCUCAAGCACGCUGUCUUUGACGCGGAGGACUUACUGGAUGAGAUCGAUACUGAAGCUUUGCGAUGCAAGGUGGAAGGUGAAGGUCAAACCGAGAUAUUCACCAAAAAGGUGUGGAACUUCUUCUCUACUUCUCGUAGUCAUUUUUAUCAAAGCAUGAAUGUUGAGAUACAAGGGUUAUUACAAAGGCUGGAUGACUUUGUGCAACAGAAAGUUGCCCUUGGUCUUACAGAAGUUGUUGGGAGGAAGAGACAAGGAUAA